AUGGGAAGUGAACCAGCUUCUCUGAGCAGGUGUCAGGAGUAGGAAAUUCACAUUAACACUGGAGCACGAGAGGAAGAGAUCGAACUUUUUUUUUGUACUUUCUAGUUUUUAUUCUCCCCAGCCUCCCUUUUAGUUCAGAAUUUAACUUUUUUUUAAUGUUCUCGAAAAUGGUGUCCAAGUUGACAUCUCUCCAACAGGAGCUCUUGAGCGCCUUGUUAGAUUCCGGAGUUACCAAAGAUGUUCUGAUCCAAGCGUUGGACGAUAUGGAUCCUAGCCCGAAUGGCUUUGGAGUUAAGUUGGAGAAUCUACACAUGUCUCCGCCAAGUUCUAAAAUCAACGGAAAUGAUUCGGAUUCGAAGCCGGUAUUUCUAACGUUGAGCAACGGGCACGGUAAGGGCAAAAUGUCGGGAGACGAGGGGUCCGAGGACGGAGAUGAUUUCGAUACCCCACCGAUACUAAAAGAACUCCAGUCGCUUAACACGGAGGAAGCAGCGGAGCAGAGGGCAGAAGUUGACCGAAUAUUAGCUGAGGACCCGUGGCGUGCCGCCCGCAUAAUUAAAGGCUACAUGCAACAGCACAACAUACCACAGCGCGAGGUGGUGGACGUAACCGGACUAAAUCAGUCUCACCUCUCACAGCACCUCAACAAAGGCACGCCCAUGAAAACUCAGAAGCGAGCGGCGCUGUACACCUGGUAUGUCAGGAAACAGCGGGAAGUUCUAAGACAAUUCAACCAGGCAGUGCAAGGUUCUGUCAACAACAUGACUGACAAAGGCAGUCAGGAUCAGGUGCUGUUUUUCUUCCCAGAGUUCAACCCUCCUGGUCAGGGUAUGGGGCAGCAAGGGGAGGAGGUGGGCUCUGAACCCUCCUGCAAGAAAAUGAGACGGAACCGUUUCAAAUGGGGGCCUGCAUCCCAACAGAUCCUCUACCAGGCCUAUGAAAGACAGAAGAACCCCAGCAAAGAGGAGCGAGAGGCUCUGGUGGAGGAGUGCAACAGGGCUGAGUGUCUCCAGAGAGGGGUGUCUCCGUCUAAAGCUCAUGGGCUGGGCUCUAACCUGGUCACUGAGGUACGGGUCUAUAACUGGUUUGCCAACCGGCGUAAGGAGGAGGCCUUCCGUCAGAAGCUGGCAAUGGACGCCUACCCCAUACCCAUCCACAGCAUGAACCCUCUCCUGUCUCACAGCCACAGCUCUCCACACCACCACAGCUCCCAGACCAGCGCAUCCCCCCCUAGUAAGAUGCAAGUGCGGUACAGCCAACAGGGACCCAGUGAGGUCAGCUCCUCGACGACCAUCAACCACCAUGGCAGCAUGUCGACCAGCCAGUCGGUGUUACAGCAGGUGUCUCCGGGUGGCUUGGACCCCAGCCACAGUCUGCUGUCACCUGAUGCCAAGAUGAUGUCUGCGUCAGGUGGAGGCCUGCCACCUGUGAGCACGCUGACCAACAUCCACAGCUCCCACCAUACACACCAGCAGACACAAAACCUCAUCAUGCCUCUCUCUGGAGUCAUGACGAUUGCACAGAGUCUGAACACGUCGCAGUCCCAGUCGGUGCCAGUGAUCAACAGCGUGGCGGGGAGCCUUGCAGCUCUGCAGCCGGUGCAGUUCUCCCAGCAGCUCCACAGUCCCCACCAGCAUGGCCUGAUGCAGCAGUCCCCCAGCCAGCAGCCUUUCAUGGCCACCGUGACUCACUCACACAGUCAGUACCUGCCUCUUAUGUACCCUCACAAGCAGGAGCCCACGCAAUAUUCCCACCAGUCACGGUUUCCCUCAGCCAUGGUGGUGACAGACGCCAACAGCCUCAGUACUCUCAGCUCCAUGUCAUCCAGCAAACAGGAUUCUACCGUAAACAAGAUGGUGCAACUGGGGGGUCUCUCCUGGUGUCCUCUUCAAGCCUGGUGAGAGUACACACCUGACUUCCUUGGUGCCUAGCAACAGGAGCACAUUUUUCCACCCACUCACUGUGGUAACCAUGACAACUCCUAAUAACUGGCAACAGCGCACUGGACGAUGAGUCAGUCAAUAAAUCCAGAGCGGCGGUGGCGGAGGGCGAGAGGAGAGGAGGAGUGAGAGAAGGGGAGAGAAAUGCACAUUGCAGGUUUUGCGUUAAUAGACACCUAAAUGAAGGGAGGAGAAACUGGAUUUCCCCUGACAUACAACAAGGAUGUAUGAUUUUUCACUACAAACACAAUCUUGAGAAAACAUGAUUAAUUUAUCUUUUCAUUGAAAAUGUGUGCAAAUGACAAGUGAUCGCUUCUAUGUGGCCAAUCAUUUGUGACAUUAUCAAGGAACAAAACAAAUGGAUCUUCACAUUAUGCCUUACAUGCUGUGGAAUGUAAGAAUAGGACUGGUGGAGUGGAUGUCCAUGAAGAACUAACAUGUUACUGUGAUCUGAUGUGGAAAGAUGAAGGCGUAUGGAGGCUGGGGCGAGAGGACACAAUCUGCCUCAGUCGGUCCAGCUACAUUGGGCUGUGGUGGGGAUGGACUGUAUGGGGGACUGGGUGAUUCCCUCUGGCAUGGGGCCCGGACUCAUGAUGGGCAGAUCUGAAUAAUCUGAUCCCCACUAUACUGUAUAUUAUCAACGGCAAUGCACAACCAUCAGAACUACUGGAUGACAAUCAUAUUAACUUUGUCCUGAGCAACUGUAUAGGUUUUUGUAGAUAGAUAUUUCAUAUAUGUACAUACCUGUUCUGUUUGAAGGAGUCUUCCAUGUCUGCUUUUCAUUAUGUCAUUUUCUGUACUGAACAGUCAAUAGUGCAGAUAAUUAUAACUUUGUUCAUGUGUCUAAAGGAUUUCAACAUUUGUCAUUCCCAAACACGGGGGAAAUAUAAUAGACAAUAUAUUUGUAUUUUUUAUUUGGUUCCAAUUGUAAACUGUGAUUGAAAGAUAUGACAAUCUUUAGAACUAAAGGACUAUGCAAUGUGCAUAGAAGUGCAUAUGAAGUGCAUAUGAAGUGCCUAUGAAGCCUCAGAAGACUGAAUUGUGUACAGUACUCCAUAAACAGAAGACAGAGGGAUUUCUGAGAUGCACCAUUACUCUAUGAACUUAGUGCCCCUCAUGUUGUUUCUGUUGUCAGAGCUGCCUGCAACACGACACAAAACAAUAAACCAAAGUUUUAAAUUAUUUAAAAAAUAUAUAUGUGUACAGUAGAUACUGUAUAUAAAGUAGUCAGAAAUUCAGUUGGACACUCAGUUGGACACACAGUCAGUAUGCUAUGAUAUCAUAAACAAAGUCUGCCCUGUGGGCGUGUUGACUCACAUAUUCACUGUAUGCCUUCAAACCCAUUUAUAGGUUUUGUCCCAAAUGGCACCCUAUUCCCUAUAUAGUACACUACCCUUGGUUAAAACGUAGUGCACUAUAUAGGGAAUAGGGUGCCAUUUAGGAUGUAUGCAUUGUCCCAAUCCUAGGGUGGCCCAUGCCUGCCUGCCUGCCUAGGAGACCUCUCUCUGACCGAUGUUUGCUCAUAGGGUUCAGGUGAAUUUCAGGAAUGGGACUUUAGCCCUCCCAGGCUCCCUCCCCUCUCCUCCCACUUCCUCAUUCCCAACGUUUCCUAAUUUAAAGACACAUGGAAUUGUACCCUUUUUUAUUAUUCUCUUUUAUAAAUCAUAACAGCCCCCUCCCCAUGACAAUGACAAUAUUUACAGGUAUUUGCAAGCAAAACAGUGAUAUGAGUCUUGUAAUUUGUGAAUGGGUGGAAGAUAAAAGCAUCUAUUGUUGUGACAGCAACCAAUAUAAUCAGGCUGGAUUCCACAGAGGUUGAGAAAUGUUAUGGAGAGUUGGAUACUCAGCCGCACUUAGUUACUUAUGAAAUCCUAAUCCACCAGAGAGUUCCAGAAAAACAAGCACAGGGUACAAACAAUCAGGUUUUUAUAAUGAACAUUUGUAUCGUCUGCAUUUGACUGCGUGCUUUCUGAAUAAUUAUUUUACUUCAUAUUUUCUAAAUUGAAGUCAUACCCUCUCCAACUCCAUAUUUUGGUUGGCACAUACUGUACAGACUCCCUUUCAAUAGGUCACUAUCUUGUUAUUACUUGUACUACCUUGUUUCAAUCUAAACAUACCCACUGCCAUCUAAUCAGAGGGCAUGCAGUUACACUUUUAACUGUAGAUGACAGGCAAAGACAAGUUAUUUUCUCUUUGAUGUAUUUUUGUAUAAAAUGGAAAUCAAUCUUUUAAAAUCAUUAUUUAUACUUUCUGAGAAAAUGUUGAUAUUCAAGUAAAGCUUUUUUUCAA